AUGUUGACUGUUCAAUUGAUCCUGCCAUCCGGAAAGUUUAGUCAACCGACCGUAUACGAGCUUAAGACAGAGCUCCAAAGUCUGUUCAAUAUUCAGCCGGGAACAUUGGAGAUUUCUGCUUCUGAUGUAACGUUGGCCGAUUCAGAUCUCAUAGCAAAAGUUGCUGCCUUGGGAGGUAAUAAACGUGUGAGGCCGAUUAUGUCGUGCUACGACGGCAAUAAUUUUGUGGGCCAGAUUAUGGUUGAGCCUGUCUUGGUUGGUGGUCAGAGUUCAUCGGACUCUAGCUUUGAGACUGUAUCAUCGGAUGGUAGCCAGCUCUCUCUAAGUGAGCUCUCCUCCGGAUCAAGCAAUCUCAAACGGGGACACAAACGAAAUGCCCAAGGGCAUGAAACCUUCAAAAAGGUUCUCGAAUCCAGUGAGGAGUGUGUACAAAUCCCCUCGUAUGGUGGUAUGGAGGAAGCAUGCGGUAUGGGAGGCUGCGAAACCAAAUCCAGACCAUGCUCGGUUAAAUCUGAGAUGGAGAUAGAACCGGAUGAUAUAAAUGGUCAGCAGACUCCUUACAUAAACAUACUUCAAGAGAACUGGCAGUUUGUGCAGUUUGUCACCGGAGUGACCGCAAUAAAGUCUAAGCAGCGAACGUUUCCGAAAUCCAAAAAUAUACCAAAGAACUCUUCUAACAGAUCGCAGAAGUUUUUUGCGCAUUCCGAGGAGGAAACUACCACCACAACAAACUGCCUGAUCUCUGGAAGUAUGUUUAUAGUUACGUGGCCAAAGGUCGAACCUUGUUUGCAUCGAAUUUUCAAGUUCCUGGAACUGCAGAACUCUGAUAUUACGACGGAGAAGUGGGCUGUGGUGAGCCGGGAAAAUGCAGCCCCUAUAGUCACGGAUAUUUGCCCCAAUGAACAGGUUGAGAUCUGGAUGGAUGCGAAUAGUGUGGAUAUCAUCAAGGAGAGAUGCAACCACCUUAAACUAUCUUUUUGGAAGAUCGAAUUUGAGUUUUGCGAUUAG